GAUCUCUUCAGUCGCCAAUGUACAGCCGGCUCGUACGUUUGUGCUCGAUCUCGGAAUUGUACCGUACCAAACUCGUGCGUCGUGUGUUUAAAAAAAACAAUAACAACAAACAACAAACCGAAAUAUCGGAUGAGGAGAUGUAGAGAAAGAAUUUUGCAAUAAUUUUAUUCAACGACCCAUUUCGCGGAUAUGAACUCUGCUCUCGUCUCGUACGGACAGAGAGCCGCUAGAUUAUGUAGCGUCUCGAUGAGAACAUCUGUCGUGCCAUAAAUCUCGUAGACAAUUUCGAGGCCUUCUUUUUACAGUAUUACAUAAAUUUGUACAUAUGUAUACAUAUAUUUGUAAAAUAUACGUAUACGCCUUUCGAGAAUCGGAGUAAAGAGCGAUAACAAAAAAAAACAAAGAUCGACGAAGUUUUACAGUGUGCCUCGAGAUAUAAUUUCGCAUUUCGUGUUUGAGAUACAGCGCCCGAGCUCAAGAUCUCGCGGUUGGCAAAGAGUUUCGAGUUAGUGGUGCGCCUCUACACUCUCCCUGGGAUCUUUCUCUCUCUCUCUAUCUCUCUCUCUCUCUCUCUCUCUCUUCGUCUCGGGAGCACAAACCAAGCGUUCUUACUCUCAACCGAUCUAUAUACUAUCCUCGUCUAUCUAAAUCGGCCGUCUAGACAAAAAAUUGUCUAAUACACUUGUAUGGAUUAAACUGCAAACAUCGCCGUAUCGAAGCUAUCGGAAAUCUCAAAAGAGGAGUCGGAGCGUAGGAUGGGACCGACGUUGCGACGAAUCGCGAUACAUUGAAGAGGAGGAUCUUGGCCGAGACGAGGGGAGAGAGCCGGUAAAACAACGAGAAUGCCAUCUUCUCAGACGGCCGCGACCGAGCGGCGAAACGACAGAACUGUCCCACCGCACGAACCUCCGAAAUUAAAGACGACCCUGAAAACCCCACCGAAACAAGCCACGAAUCCUCUACAAUUCGUCAAGGUUGGACCAUGCUCCCUCUAUCGAAGUGCUCAGGAACAAUUGCAAAAGGUUCAAGAAACUAAAAAGAUCAAGCAGGAGGUACGAGAUGAUCCCGAAGAUUGGCAAUCGAACUUGGACAAUUGGAAGAGCAGCAGGAGGAAGCGUCAAGAGCACAUAAUCGAACGAGUUGUCGAGGUGAAAAAACUCGAGCUCGAAGAACACGACCGACAGAGACGUCGGAGCAAAACAUUCUCGGAAAUGAUGGAGGAACGUGGUAGUCGAGGACGAAAACUGAGUAUGAGCUUGGCGAUGUAUCACGAGGAGGAUGUAAAUGAUCUUAGCGAUUUGGGUAUUGGAACGAGCAGUGGAAAAAGUUCAGUGAGCGGCGAUACUCACGACGAUACGCAAAGUGUUAUGAGUGAUCGUGAUAGUGAAAUCGAGAAGAAUCAGUCCGACGUGGAGAACACAAACGACAACAACAACGUCCCCGAGCCGAAAGAGGAAACUCCAACUUUACCGACCUCUUCACUACCGCUACAAGCAACAGCGAUGCCGCAGCAGACAACGAUAACAGAAACAUCGAAUACUACGUGCAGCAUCACAAACAAAUCCGCGAGUUACGAGAACGAGUUUCGUAGUGAGAACGAUACGCGAGGAUAUGAUUCGGGUAAUACGGCAACGGCGAGUUCACCUGAGCCCGAGGAGUACACUUACGAGGGUGCUAUCCGGGGCUACGUCUCGAGAGUCUCACAAAACAUACCUCGAAGAUCGUUGAUAAAUCUCGAAACGACAAGGGAGCCUGCGAAGUCUAACAUCAAUGAGGAUAAACCAGCGGGCAGCGACGACGAUAAGAACACGAGUUUCCCAAUCGUGAAAGUGGACGUACUGAAGCGACGGGAAAUAUUUGAAAGGGCGUCGAGAAACAGCGUUGAAACGAGGGCGAACAACAUGAAUAACAACAGCAGCGCGAAUCCGCGAUCAUCGGCCGAGCAGAACGGCUUGAAAUCAAUAAAGAACCGUCUCUCUUGUCUCGAGAAGCAAAAAAGCGAAAUUGCGAAUACGGACAAGGAGCUUAAAGCCUCGAAUCGUUUGUCCGGUGACAUGAGCUCGAUCCGCGAACGUUUAUCUCACUUGGAGAAACAAACGAGCGAGCGGGAGAACAAAGUUUCGAAUCGAAAAACCAGCCUGGAAGAGCUUGAGAACUCGAAAGCUCUGUGUCGAGAAAGAGUCGUCGAAAAAUUCAGCAGCAACGAAUCCCCGGCGGUAACGAGCCAAGAAACAACGCCAAUGCCUAUCCCGAGUACUCGUGAAAAGGAUAAAAUCGUCACAGCCCUUGCGAACAUCAACGAGAAAUCUCGUCCCGCGAAAAACGAUUCUAAUUCUCCAAUGGGAAAUGGGAAAAACUCUCUUCUUCCCGGUGAGAAAUUCUGCACGCCAGCCAUGAGCGAGCGAAGCUCUUCGCCCGAUUCGGAAUAUCGCGACGUUCCACCGCGCGCUUCUUUCCAUCGCAGUCUCGAUUCACUCGACGCUGACGCAUCCUCCGGACACGAUAAUUUCGAACGCGUUCAAAGCCUCGAGGAACUCGAUUACACCACUCGAUAUCCGGCCUCGAGUUCCUCCGCCGAACUCUUGAAUGAUCUGACCGAUCGCGAAGAUUCGGGCAUUCACACCGCCGAUGUUAGCUGCUCCGUUAGCCAAGCGGACGAACCCGUCGACGAGGAAGUCGUUCAUCAUCCCGAAACUAUUCACGAACGACAAGAAAUAGCCUUGGAAACUCACGACUCUCGAAACAUCGAGGACACUACGAGAUUCGGCCGGGAUCAGAAAACCGAAAAUCCUCAAACGACAGAAUGCCAACUUGACAAAACACCGCUUACGAACGAGGAUACGGCUGUUGCUUCUUCUACUACUGGGAUACUGUCGAAUAAAAAUAUAAGUGCAACGAUGAGUUGCGAGGCUGCGUAUAGUUUUAACGAAGGAACGACCAGACAAGAUAUUUCGUCGCGUCCGAUAGUUUAUCAGAGUCCGAGGGUGCCGCCCCGAAGAAGUCCUCCGGAGGAAGUUGUACAGUCGAUUAAACCUUUGGCAGAGGAGAAGCUUGUGGAUAGUUCGAGUUUGAAACUCGACGUGGACAAUGAGGAGCUGCAGCGGGUUGGUGAGCUGGCUAAAAAAUCAGCGAACAAUUCUCCGGAGGCUAAACGUCCGAUUUCAAAAAUCCCCACACCGCUUCCUCGUAAAAAUUUGAACGUGAGAGUCUCACCGAGCUCAUCGACGAGUCUCGUUUCUACCAAUUCGCCUUCAAGGGUGCCAGCACCCUCAAAAGUCACGAUCAAGACUGGCGUAUUGACGAGCACGAAAAUUCCAUUUUCAACGACGAUCGCGACCAAGAGCACCGAGGAAACCGGCAGUCUCGAAAAACAACAACAGCAACCAGAACGACGACGCACAGUCGUCGAAAUCUGCGAAAAAGUCGUCGUCACGAACGCCGAUUUAUCCGUCAGCCCACCGGUCACUCCUUUCGUCACGGUCGUACGACUCGGCAACGAGCGAAACAACGAGGAAUCGAUCAUCGUGGAAAGACCCACAGAGGAAGUGCCAAAUCCAGAAGAAAAAUCUGCAAAUUUCAACGAGGAAGAUUCACAGAUGGCCAUGCCCGAUCACAGACAACAACGACGAAUUUAUGAAAUUCAGUUGGACGAGCCAGAAGUUCUUGUGACUCCUGCACCCAGUCCCCGAUCGUGUCCUCCUUCGAGUCUCAAAUUCAGCAGCGAUACCAAUUCUACAACCUCGAUAAACUCGAGUCCACCGAACAACGAUGCCGUCGAGAUGAACUUUGAUUUAGCACCAGCAUCGAAACAGAUUCCCCAAUUAAAUUUGGCAAGCGACGAGGAACUCGUGACCGGUUUAACUUUCCCUCUCGGACCGCUGACGAGUGUCGAACCACCGAAGGAAAAACCUCCACCGCCACCUACAGAUCUCACCGACGAAGAAGACAAUUUACCUAUCGAACCUUUGAAGCGUUUAAACUCGACGAGGAGAAUAAAAAAAGAGCUGCGAACGAGGCGCUCUGAUUUCUUGGGAAUCGAAGGGUUAAACGAUGAUUAUUUGGAGCGGGAAUUAACACUGACGAAACCACCGGACAUGGCAGCGAUUCUCGCGGAGGAAAGACGCGUCGAGCAGUUGAAUCGACGCUCUUACGAUACGGACAGUAAUUACGAGAGAGAUUCGAGUCACGAAAGGGAUUCAGGGGUAGAGCUGGGUCACGCUGAGGACUGGAGGAAGCAGCCUGUCAGUCCGGAUAUGUCCGAGCACAGUCGUCAGAGCAGCGAGCCCUUUGGAGCGAGUGUCACGUCCUCGGAAGAGGACGAGAUUACGAAGAAGGAACGCGAGAUAAUCGAGGUCCUUGAGAAGGAGGAACAAUGGCGUUACGGGAAUAACCGUGAGCAGAACAGCGAUAUCGGGGAAAAACUUGCCCACAAACUGCGCGAACUCGAGGAGGAAAAGAUGCAGCUGGAACGUGAACGUGCUCAGGAGAGCGAGCUGCGUCAUCGGCAGGAGGAAAUUGCACGACAGAAGGAGGAAGAUACUUUGCGUGAACAAAUGGAACAGCGGGAAGCAGCUAAACGAGCUUCCGAGGCGGCCAAACGUCUCGAGGAACAGAAAAUUCGGGAUGAGGAAAUCCUUAGAAAAAAAGCCGAAGAGAUGAGAAUACAGCAAAAAAUAGAGGAGGAAAACGAGAGGAGACAGGCUGCUGAAGCAGCCCGUCGGCAAGAAGACAGCCGACGUGCAAGGUCGAUGGAAAUUAAUCAAAAAAACGCUCGCGAGCAGAUGGUCGUCAACGCUCGAAACGAUGAUGAUUAUGCGUCUGGGGAGGUAUUACGCGUCGAACGCGAACUGUUGCAACUGGAGCAAGAAGAAUUGAAGCGUCGAAGGACAAACGUCGCGUAUCGUCAACAGCGACAACUUCAACUGGCUGAACAGUUGCAGGAACAAUGGCAGUCGUUACAGGACGUUGCGAAUGGCACGAACCCUUCCGCCAACGCCUCUUGCUGCAAAUAUCAAGUAUCAGUCGCGAGAGCAUCUGCGCCCGUAAAUUAUAGAUCGUCGAUGCCGAAUCUUUGGCUCCAGGAAAACCAAAGAAGAAGGCCGCCGCCUCCGCCGAUCCCACCCUCCAAGCCUUCGAGACUCAUCGAACAAAUGCAUCGAGACGUUACCAUAAGAAACAGCAGAAUACCAUCAGCCGAUUCGAUUCCACAACAAGUAGAGGGUGAAAGAUUGAUCCGCGGUGGAUCAACGAGUACUUUGUCAAAUAACGGAGGCCAGCAAAUGACGAAGCAGACUCUUCAAGCUCUGAGCGCUGUGCCGCGUCCUCGUAUAGUUAAGGGCGACGAGUGGGUUCAGCGUAGAAAGAGCGACGUUCCCCGAGGGACUCUCGAAUACAACUACCAACACUGGCUGAUUCAGGAGGCAGAGCAGAGGAGAAUUAACGAGAAAAACCAACGAUCGGUCGUUCGCAAACCUCAGCAGCACGUGACCGGAACCUCCGUUCCAUAUAGCGCUGUUCCACAGACUUCGAGAUCUGACAAUAAACCAUUGCCGGAUUCCAUUAUCCAAACUCUGACGCAAAGAGUACAGAACAGAGCACAAGAAAGGCCGUCACCACCGCCCCCUCCUCAGCGUAGGCGACUGGAGCAGAGUUCGAGUCACGAACACUUGUCCUCGAUGCAACAUCAAACACCUCAGCACAUGACGAUGUUACAGCAUCAAAAAGUUCAUCAAUUCGCAGCAUCCCAUAACACAGAUUCACAGGAAAAGAUGUUGAGUGUCAGUGGAAAGAAGAAGUGUUCUCACUGCGGUGAUGAAUUGGGAAGAGGAGCAGCUAUGAUUAUUGAGAGUCUACGACUAUUUUAUCACAUGGAGUGUUUCAAGUGUUGCGUCUGCCACGUGAGACUGGGCGAUGGUCUUAUGGGAACGGACGUACGAGUACGAAAUCACAAACUGCACUGCCACAAUUGUUAUUCCAGUGACGAUGGUGUCAAGUUCAGCUGCGUGUAGAGACUUGAGGCGAUUCGAUAGGACCGAGCCGACUAUCUUGAAUAUAGCACGUUAUGUCUAUAUUUUUUAAGCUAUAGUUGACCCUGUAUUGUUGUUAUUCUAUAUACAUAGUGGUUAUUCCCGGAUCGAAGGUGUACGCGUGCAAAAAAUUUCAAUUGUUCACGUGCGAACGGAUAAGAAUUUCAACUCGAUCGUUUAUAUUAUUUUAAUGUUGGAACAGAUGUAAAUAACUUGUAUUUUAUGUUCGUAUCCGAUGAAAGGGAUAAGAGCUUAUAGUUCAGUCGAUCGGGGAACUGUACGUAUUUGAAAGAGGAUUUCAUUUCAAACGCUUCCCCUCGACCUCAAUGUAUAUUUGUUGUAUUAUAGAUUUGUGAUAUUUAUGAAAGAACGAGGGUCCGAUACGUAUGAUCGAACAACAAUGAGACGAAUCGUUUUCGAAAAAUAAUCAACUAGGUUCCGAUUAUAUUGUACGAAAAAAGUACAGAUUAAAAAAAAGUUCUCGAAAAAUCCCGUUCAGAUGCACGCUCACGCAAUCUCUAAUUCCUAAGAAAGGCGCGUAUCACCUAAUUGUACUAUAUUGUAAGAUACAUGUAUUAUGCUGUAGAAAAGUAUAAUUUUAUAUGAAUAUUAUCAUUAUCAAUAUUAUUAUUAAUAUGAUUAUAUUAUUAUUAUUAUUAUUAUUAUUAUUAUUAUUAUUAUUAUUAUUAUUAUUAUUAUUAUUAUGGUAUAUCAUAUGAAAAAGAUGAAAAAUAAAUGUUUAAUAUGGUCAGCAUCUGUUAUUUAUCGAUUUAUCGGGAUCGCGUGGUCUUAUUGACCUCCAAUAUGUUACGAAAAAACUAUUGUAUGAAUGAUAAAUAAAAUUUUAUGAAUCCUACAAGAAAAAAA